AUGGUUGGACCUCGGGAUGGAGAAGCUGCCACCAUGCAUUAUCUUCCAAGGUUUGCCCGGAGAGCAAAACAAGCAAAAGUACGGCAGAUUGGAUACAGCGUGGACAGAGAUCCUAUAACAUCGAGAAUCACUUUCAACUACAAUGUUGCGUGGACAGAUGUGGAUGACAGUCUUGCACGGCGAUAUGAGGCGUUAAAAACGAACUUGUCAAAGAAAGUGACGAAAUUGAUGAGAGAUGAUCCUGCAGCCAUACUGCCAAGAUUGAUACAGUGUGAUGGUGCAUGCAAUACAUGGGCUCCUGAAGACUACAUAAUUCAGUUCGGUCUAUGCGACCAUAACAUUUGCUUUCGAUGUUACGAAAAUGAGGAAAGCAUCUCACUAACCAAUGACGGUACUCGUGGUUGCUGUAACAAAGAGUGUGUUCAGAGAGCUAAAGCCGAGCUUGCUAUCAGAACCCCCACACGGAUGAGUUCUUCAUCGGCGAUCGCACUAGGCAGUAGAUCCCGAUACACUGUCUUUCCGGGAAGUAAGAAGAAGGCAAAUGCCGAUCGCGUUAAUGCGGAUCAGCGCGACAAAACACAAUUGCAUAGAAGGAAGAAAUCAAAGAACAAAGCGUCCAAGUUCAAGCUUGACGAGAUGAACAGCGAUCUGCGAUUGGAAAUGUACCUCAAAAUGAUGAAAACCACCAAAUCUGCUAGUGAAAUUUAUGAGGAUCCAUCGAAAUAUACCAGUGAAAUGCAAAUUGAAUUCAUUUCGGGAGUUUUUAGUAAAUAA